AUGUCCAGCUCUUUCAGCAAGGGACGUUCUUUACGAUUGGCGUGGCAUCGACGCGAUUUGCGAUUAGCGGACAAUCCCUUGUAUCAUCCAAAUGCAAACGACUGCAACAAACUUACAGUUAACGAUAGCCAGAAUAUUAUCAGUUUGUAUGUUUUCGACCAAGGCGAUUUCAGUCUCACUCCUUCCGUAACGGGUGAUCCGAAUUGGACCGUCGCGCGGACGGGCCCGCACGCAGCACGUUAUUUGCGACGGGCGGUAGUUGACUUGCGGAGGUCGCUGCGAUCGAUCGGUGGGGAACUGCUCGUUCGGAUUGGAGAUCCACGCUUGAUUGUCCCGCAAGUCGUCAAGGAAUUGAGGGAUGUGACGGAGGUGACAUGGAACGAGGAUCCCGGAGUGUACGAACGGAACACAUCUGACAACGUGCGCAAUGAACUCUUUUUCCAACAGCCCCUUGUACGGAUCACCACGGUUGCUUCCACUCCACUGUAUCAUCCCGACGAUUUACCGCGAUCGAAAUACGAUUGGGAUAGACUAGCCCAUCCCAAACAGAAACACACGAAAGCUUCACGAAAGCAAAAUGGUGAUUCUCUUUUUCAAAGUAUUGAAGCGGCGCAUACACUCGUUGAUGUUUCGACUGCUCGAUUCAAAGGAGUGCCACGGAUUAUGGGGGAUUUUCGGCGUGCUGCAAUGGCCGCAGCCAUCUUGCGUCCGCCCUUGUCGACACCAAAGCACUUGACGAGUCCCGUCGGCUUUAUAGAAGCCGGAAACAUUCCUACCUUGGCGGAGCUUCUCGAUCCCUUGUUGCGGCGCAAACGAGACUGCAUUUCCGUAAUGGGUCUACCUAAUGAUUUUGUAGACUCCAUUGUCGAGGCAGCGUUUGAAGCAGCUGCCGAAGACGACGAAAUUGAAGAUGAAGAUGCUGCAGAUAGAGAAACCAUGGAAUACCAAAUUGCAUCCGACCUUACCCGAUUUGUCCAAAAUGGACACGCCGCGACUGCCAAGAGAAGUCUCGCCGAUGUUUCCGAUAACAACAGCUCUCGACUUUCCACCUUUUUGGCUCUGGGAAUCAUUUCCCCUAGGACGGUUCAUGCGAUAACUGCGGAAGGUGGGGAAGGCGCUAGAUGGUUGUGCAGUCACCUAACUAUGCGGGACUUUUUUAUAUACCUGUGCUUUGCUAGCGGAUCCAGAUUGUACCAACAAGAAGGCCUUCCUGUCAACGCCAAACGGAAAAAUAUUCCCUGGUACAGCCCGGCUGCACCGCAAAAGUACGACUGCUGGAGACGAUGGGCGCAAGGGUUCACUGGACUACCAUUGAUCGACGCUGGUAUGCGAGAACUGUGUCAAACGGGAUAUUGCUCGAAUCGUGUCCGCCAAAACAUCGCCAGCGUACUUUGUCGAGAUUUGCAGAUCGACUGGCGAGCAGGUGCUGAAGUGCUGCAAUUUUUGCUUCGCGACCAUUGCGUCGCCGCCAAUUGGGGUAACUGGUUGUACUUUUCCGGUGUUGGACCAGAUCCAAAAUCUCGUCAUUUCCGUUCUGUUUCUCAGGCUUUACGUUACGAUCCUGAAGCGUUGUAA